AUGGCCACUUUACUAGCAACUUCAUCUGUUAUCCUGCUCUUAGCGCUGUUUGUCGUUCAGCUGUGCUGCGACCUGUUAACGGUUCAGUUCGAGCGAGUCGAACAAUUGGUUGGUGGCGAUACGAUGAAUGCAAAAAAGCUACGCAUUCGAAAGUACAAUCGAACGGUGUCCGUUCUAAACGGAACGCUUGAAAUACUCCGUGAUCUGAACGACGAUUUUUCCUUUACAAUUGAUCUAGCAUACAGCCCGCUGGGUAACAAGCAGUUCAUCAAUUCACCGUUCCACAUACCGCGACAAGAAGCAUGCCAGUUUUUUAACACAACCUACCGGAACUAUCGCGAGAGCUACCGAAACAUGACAAACUUUCCCGACGCUGGAGUGUGCCCGAUACCAGCAAUGCAGUACUACAUAGACAAUAUGGAGUUAACAGCAGAUCUCGUCAACGAUUACGCCAAGUCUGGUUUGUGGAAAAUAACAUUUGAGAUGUUCGAAAAGGAUAUCUCUUCUCCUAUAUUUGUCGGUGAGCUGUUGUGUAAAAUUUCUCGCGAUACAAUGUUGUGA